CGGUAGUUAGGGUUUAAGCCUAGCCGCACAAAAACAGAAUCACAGAAAUACUAGGGUUUUAUUUUACGUCGUUCAGAAAUCUAAACGCAAACGCAACUCGACGUAGAGUUAAAGCAAGAGAUUUUAGAUUGCAAUGGAUUCGUUCUCAGCUCCGUCGAGUCAACAUUCGUCUCAUUUAUCCCCACAGGAUCUAAAAGACCAGUUGAAAAGCCAACUUGCUUUGGAGUAUGCUCAACAAUUUCUUGAGACGGUGAGGGGAAAGUGUUUUGAGAAGUGUAUCUCAAAACCAAGUUCAAGCCUCAGUGGGAGUGAAAGCAGUUGUAUCUCUAGGUGCGUAGACCGAUAUAUUGAGGCCACAGGCUUAAUUAGCAAAGCAUUAUUUAGCGGUUCACGAUGAAGUGGACAACCUCGGCAGUAAAUCUUUAAAAUUCCUCAAGUUUUGGGAAUCACUUUAUGGAUGUCGAGAUUAUGUGUUCCUUCAGGAGACAGUUAUGCAUUCUAUUAUGUAUUCCUGUGAGAUUUACAGUUAUUUUCAACUCUUUGUGAUAACUUAUUACUCUUUUAAGUUUAUGAGUUUAUGUUCUGUUAAGGGAAAUAAGCAAGAAUGGUCAUUCAUCAUUUGCUUUAGACCCGCCUUCUAAAUUUUAUCAUUUUUUGAAGUAUUAUAUCUUCAUCCAUAAUAGAUGUUGGAAUAUGUUGUGAGUGCUGAUAGAAGCUUUAGAGGAGGGCUCGAGAUAACACUAUUUUACAAACUGCUUAUUAACUGUAUGCCUUAUUUUGUGGUCAACAAAAUCAAAAAGAAAAUAAAUAUCUAGUGCCCUCGGGCAUCUCAAACA